CUUUAGUCACGUCCUUUCCCCUUCGCUCCAGCUACGAGAAGCUGGAGCGCCGGAGACUGCAGCCUACCAGGAGUGGAGGCAGCGCCGCUGCCAACGAAGAGAGCGUGGGUUGGAGUGGGCACGCGUUUAACUAACCUAAGGUGGCGCUCUGGCGCUCGGACACUGUGGACGAAGCGUGUAGGGGUGGGGAGGGCAGAGGCGGGAAGCCUCAACUUAUGGCAAACUGCAGCCAGUUUCUGCGCUGCCGGGUCAUCGCCCUGCCCUUACAGUGGCUACAGCUCCUCCUCCUCCUGCUGCUACAGCUGCCACCCUGCAAUUUGCGAGAAGUGACAUGCCCUCCUCCCAGAUCUGUUGAACAUGCGGAUAUUCAGGUCAAGAGUCACAGUGUGAAAUCCAGGGAGCGAUAUGUUUGUAAUUCAGGCUUCAAACGUCAAGCUGGGACAUCCAACCUUAUUCAGUGUAUACUUGACCAGAACUCGAACACUGCCCACUGGACAGAGACGAAUCUGAAAUGCAUCAAAGAUCCCACACUGGUUCACCAAAAGCCAACUUCUUCGACAACAGAGGAACUUCUCACCCCUACUGGCAAAGGCUUCAUUGUAGAACCAGAAGCUUCCAAGUCAGACACCACAGUGGCAACAGAGACAGUUAUGGUGUCAACCUCUAUCUCCCUCUCAUCAUCCAUACACACAGCAUCUCCAGCAUUAGCAGGUACGGUCUCGAAGCCAGUCUCCAAGGACAUAUCAUCAGAACCACCUUCUGCAACAGUCAUAAUAACAACCCGAAACUGGUCCUUCACAGCCCUGGCUCAAACAACAGCACAGACCGUGGAGCAAUCUUCCCCCACUACCCAUGGGAUAAUAUCAGAUGCACAAUAUAAUGUUAUCCUACCUGUUUCUGUGGUUCUUUUCAUAAGUAUCCUGGCAGCUCCUCUGGCAUUAUAUGUGUUCUGCUUCAGAAGAAGGGAUCCAGUCCCAGAACAUAUUGAGAUGGAAGCGAUGCCAAUGAGAGGAGGGACUGAACAGAGAAGAUGGUGUAGACAGCUAACUACAGAACCUAUAUAGCAAAAAUAGAAAGACAAAUUCCUUUUGUCUAUCGCUCUUAUGUAGCAAGAUCUGGGGUAAAGAAGCCACAUUUACCUUAGUAGAAAAGAGCUUUCUUUGGCUUAAACAAACAGGAAGAAUACAAGCCAGAAUGAAAAAUCUAAGCAUUGCAGCUGAAGAAGAAUUCUCAGCUUUUAACUUUAAGCAUCCACUGAGUACCAUCACAACAGGAUGAAAUCUGACUGGAAAAGGUUCUCCCUGGGUACACAGAUGCACUUAUAAAAAGCAGGGCACUUAAGAAGUACAUUGUGAGGGACAGCUAGGUGUCGCAGUGGAUACACCAGCCCUAAAGUCAGGAGGGCCUGAGUUCAAAUCCGGCCUCAGA